AAACGCUGAAACCACAGCAUUUCUUACUAUUACGUAUUCUAUUUUUGUUGUGUGCAUUAACAACGACUUAUUCAAAAUAAUAGGAUAGAGAAAAAGAAUGAUGACUAUGAAGUUUCUACUGUCAUGUAUAUUAGCGAUGGUGCCACUUACAUUGUCUCUGGAAUUAUCUGAGGAUGAAUCCUUUCAGUGGGAGUUAUUUCAGGUUCAGCACAACAAGAUUUAUGACUCAACAGAAGAGCAGAACAUGCGGAGGAGUAUUUUCAUACAUAAUCUGCGACACAUCCGAGAACACAACGUCAUGUACAAUAGAGGAGAGGUUUCGUAUGAGGUAGAAAUCAACAGUCUUGCCGAUAUGACACUUGACGACAUGAUUUCAAGAAAAGGUCUCCGACAAAGUGAUGAAGUAAUUAGAAGUGGGAAGACAUACUAUGAGCCAGACGGAGCAGAGUUACCUGACAGUGUGGACUGGAGGACGAAGGGGGCAGUCACUGGAGUCAAAAACCAAGGUCAAUGUGGCUCGUGCUGGGCGUUUAGUGCGACUGGCAGUCUAGAGGGCCAGCACUUUCUGAAGACCAAGAAAUUGGUGUCGCUGAGUGAACAGAACCUAGUUGACUGCUCCGAUAAGAACUUCGGUUGUGAAGGCGGAUAUCCGUCGCAGGCUUUUAACUACAUCAAGAUUAACAAGGGAAUUGACACAGAGGAAUCG